AUGGGCGAGACAAUCGAGGAAUACUUCUCCGACACUGAAUUAACUCAAACGAACCUCCACGACAGCGCCGCAUUGAUCUACACGUUCCUCACAGGCGGCGCCACCUGUUAUGACACUGCCCAAGGCCUGAUGGACUCCUUCCACGGCCCCAAUGCAACAGACGUCCCAGACGUUAUAGAGAUAUGCAUUGUGGAGGUAGCCGAAGACUUUUGGGAGAUGCAUGAGGCCCUCGUCAAGCUCAUGAGCGAACUGAGAAGCCGGCAGCAGCAGCAUAGCAAGAAGGACCUGACCGAGUUCGACGACUCGCUGUACUACUCGUUGCGUGAGCGGUGGGUGCGGUAUGGCGACCCGGAUCCAUCUUCCCGGUCUCGUGAUCAGGAACGCCUGGACUGGACAAGCUUGAACCGCUUCACAGCGCUGUUGUACGCGGCAGGAUUCCAGAAAUUGGCGGACUUUGGCAAGGCGACACUCUCGAUGACACUGCGAAGAAAUACAUGGAGAAUCAAUUGGAGCUGCCCUGAAAAUACUUCUGAUAGUAUUGUUGCUCUCCAAGGUCAUGCCCCGGCUGCUGCACACUGGAUCAACAUCAGUGGACAAUGCCUGUACGAUGACUGCAAGGAUGUUAGGGAAUCCUGGACGACUUGGACGGAGGAUAUGGACUGGAUCGCAAGCCAAAGCCAGUUGAACGAAGAAGCCAGACCUCAUAUCUUUGGGAUCAAGUGA